CGACCUUUGCGGCCUCCCGGCCUCUCCGGCCCCCUCCCCCCGCGCCCCUGCCUCUCGGAGCCCUGGCCCGGCUCCCGCUCCCUCCGCGCCCCGCAGCGGGGCGGGGCGGGGCGGCGCGGGGGGCGGGGUUUUCUGGCACUUUCUGGGCGCCUGCGAUCCCAGGCUCGGAGGCCGGAAACGUCGCUACGGAGCCGCACGGCAGCCCGCGUCGCGGCCCUUCCUUGCCGUCAGCCGAGGCCGCGCCGCCAGCGCAGACAUGGCCAAGUGGGGCCAGGGGGACCCGCGCUGGAUCGUGGAAGAGCGGGAGGACGGGACCAACGUGAACAACUGGCACGGGACAGAGCGGGAUGCCACCCGCUGGUCCAAGGGGAAGCUCCGUGACCUCCUGGUGGGCAUCGUCGUGGAGAACGAGGCUGGCCGCGUUGAGAUCAGUGAGCUGAAGCAGGUGGAAGUUGUAAUUAAAGAAUCUGGCGAAAAGCACAAGGGAUUGAUUGAAAUACUCAACCUUUCUGAAGAAAAUGAAGUAGAUGACACUGAGGUGAAUGUGAGUAAAAAGGUGGAUAUACUGAAGGAUCUUACGAAAACUGCAGGCACUGCCAAGGUCAGGGAGGCCCUUGGAGAUUACCUGAAGGCACUUAAGACGGAAUUUACAGUGGGAAUGAUUUUACCAACAAAAGCCAUGGCAACCCAGGAACCGACAGUUGAAAGGAAACUGAGUGAGAACACCUUGCAGGCUGCAUCUCCAAUGGGGUUGUGGGUAAGGAUCCCCACCAUGGCACUGCACAUGACGGAACUCUUCGACGCCACUACAGAGCAACUGUACAGCAUCUUCACUGUGAAAGAUUUGGUGCAAAAAUUUUCUAAAUCUCCUGCUGUAUUAGAAGCUGAAAAGGGAGGGAAAUUCCUAAUGUUUGAUGGGAACAUCACCAGUGAAUAUACAGAAUUGAACACUAUGCGACAGUUGCACUGAGUUUUGUGCCUACUCCAGGGCAAACUGAAUUGCAGUUAGACUAUACAGGAGUUCCUGUCUGUAAAGAAGAGAGCAUGAAAUUCUGUUGGCAGAAGCAGCAUUUUGAAGAAAUAAAAGGUUUACUAUAGCUGACCCAACCCUAAAUGGUUGAAUUAGAAGAUUUUUAUGGGGUAUUACUUUUUGUAAGCAGGAAGAGUGUCAAGUUUACCUCUUCCCCAUUACUCCUUUUAAAAAAGAAAACACUCUUACUUUAUACUGGGUGAAAUCCAUGAGCUUAUACAGAAUUCAGAGCACUGUUUGAAUCUUUACUACUAGACUCUCAUUGGGUUAAAAGUAGCAAGCAACCUGAAAAGUCAGUAUUAACCUUACCUCCCAUAGCUGCUCCUCUGGGAAGAGACUGAGCCUCGGAGGACAGAUGGUUGCUGUUUCCCACUAACGCUUGUCCUAGCAAGCUACUUUAGCUGUAUUUUUAGUUCAGGCAGACAAAAAAAUAAAUGGCACAUUGAUACUAUUCCUUUAUCUUACUUCAGGGUUUCUAAGGUCUGUAGCUCUUAGGUAGCAAAGCAGCAGCAUGUCGCGUUCAGAAGCAUGUUGAUGUGAGGUGCGUUGGGCCACGUCACGCGGCUGCUCCCCGCAGCAGAUGUGCUCUCCGGGCGGAGGCCUGAAAGGCUCUGGGGUAAGUGACUUUUCGGGCCGCCACUACCAUGAUGGAAGAGAAUAUAAUGGAGAGGUGCUUCCCUCCCAUUCACAGUUUUCUCAUUACUUUCAUCUGAGAAGACUAAAGCAAUGUUAAAUGUAAACAAAUGAAAAGUCAUCACAAUCCGUUUAAUUAAGUGCACAGAAUAGCAAUCAAUCAGUCAGUCAUGUCAAUAAAAAUAAAACAAUUAUUUUUACAUCAAGUGUGCUUUAUUUCCUCCACAGGUAUUCUGUUAAAUAAAGCACCAUUUAUAUACUGCCAGGCCACAGCUAAAGAGGAUUCUUUACAGAAUCAAAUUUCUUGUGGUUGUUCCGUAUACAAGUAAACUUAAUUUUGAUAAUAAGAACCACAGCGAUCGGAGGCGAUCUGCCUCUAUUAUAAGGUACAAAACUGGCACAGAGGACACCAUAUUAUACACAGUAAAAAUGCUGUAAGUUUAAAUUACAUUGUACAGGGCCAGGGAACCCUGUUCCUCCCAGACAGCCAUAUGAAAUGAAAGCCACUACAGUGAACUCUUAAUUAAUUACAUAAAACAUAUCCAUUAUCUGAUUGCCCUUUAGAAAGUAUACUGAAGAUGCAAAUUUUUUCAUCUGGCGUUCUGCCUGACCAAGAAUUAAGCCUAUAAAUCUAUCUUGCCAUUCAAGCAGAGAGCACUGGACAAAACUGAAGCACAAAAACAGAAAUAAGCAAAA